CUGGAAGAAAUCAAUCGAAGCGUUUUGAUCUGCGAGCAGGGAGAACUGUCAGUAAACUUGACCUACCAGCUCAGCAUCUGGAUUCGAGACAGCUCAUUCAAGAGUUUCAGCAUCUUAAGGAUAUUGAAAUAUUGAGUUAUGGUUUGGACACACCAAAGGUGUUGAUUGGAAUAGAUAAUAUACAUCUAAUAGCUCCACUCGACUCCAGAAUUGGAAGAACAGGAGAGCCAAUUGCUGUGAGAUGUCCGCUCGGUUGGACGGUUUACGGGCCGCGUCCGAAUAUUGUAACCAGUGUAAAUUUCCUCGGACAUCAUCGUUGUGUUUGCGAAGAAUGUAGCACGUCUGACCAAGAGCUGUAUAACAUGAUGCGAGACAAUUUUCAACUAGAGGCAAUUGGAUUCUCACCAGUACAACUUGAAUCAAAGGAAGAUCGCCAGGCACGGGAGAUCCUGGAGCAGACAACUAUGCGUGUGGGAGAGCGAUUUGAAAUCGGCCUUCCCUGGAAGGAGGGGGAGCCUCGAUUUCCGGAUAGUUACCACAUGGCUUUGAGACGGCUAAGGAACUUGGAGGCACGAAUGAACAAGAGUCCAGGAGCUCGAGAUAUGCUGCAAAAACAGAUCGAAGAAUACAUAUUCAAAGGUUAUGCACACAAGGCCACGGAUCAUGAGUUAUUGGAUACACCUAAAGAACGAACCUGGUACUUACCUUUGAAUUUUGUCAUCAACUCGAAAAAACCUGGAAAGGUUAGAAUGGUGUGGGACGCCGCUGCAAAAGCUAAUGGUGUUUCGUUAAAUGAUAAAUUGCUGACAGGACCAGAUCUGGUUACAUCUUUAUGUACGGUACUCAACUGUUUUCGGGAAAGAAAGGUGGCAUUCGGAGGGGACAUCCGAGAGAUGUUCCAUCAGAUUCGAGUACGGUUCGAAGAUCGUCAGGCACUGCGAUUCCUUUUUCGAUCGCAUGAAAAUUGUGAACCUGAUGUUUACGUGAUGGAUGUGGUUAUUUUCGGGGCCAACUGUUCCCCUUAUCUGGCCCAGUUUGUCAAGAAUAUGAACGCUCGAGAACAUUCAAAUCAGUAUCCUGCAGCGGUAGACGCCAUCAUUCGAAAGCACUACGUUGAUGAUUAUUUCGACAGUGCAGAUACCGAGGAUGAAGCUUUGAUACGAGCAAAAGAAGUCAGAAAAGUCCACGCUGACGGAGGGUUUGAAAUUCGAAACUGGAUCAGCAAUUCACCAAAGGUGCUGGAAGGGCUAGGAGAAACAAGAGAUAUGGUGAUCAAAUUCCAAGAUAUGAACCGUUCGGAAAUGAAAAGAGUGCUUGGGAUGUUGUGGCAACCGGCGGAUGAUUCAUUUGUAUUUUCCACUGAAAUGAGAGAGGAUUUGCGACCAUUUGUUCAAAAUGGAGCUUGGCCCACCAAACGAAUAGCUCUCCGAUGUAUCAUGAGCAUGUUCGAUCCGAAGCAGUUUCUAGCGCCGUUGUUGAUUCAUGGUCGUAUUCUAAUGCAGGAUUUAUGGCGCAGUGGUAUUGAUUGGGAUGAAAAAAUAGGAGAAAAACAUUUUCAACGGUGGCUGAAAUGGACUGAGUUGUUCCCGCUGAUAAACAACGUGAGCAUUCCCCGAUGCUAUCUCGGUGACACAAGGUGCAAUGCAUACGAGACUGUACAGCUUCACGUGUUUGCCGAUGCUGGAGAAGAUUCCUAUGGAUGUGUAGCAUAUUUCCGUUUCACGGAUGGAGAGCAUAUUCAUUGUUCCUUUGUGGAAGCGAAAGCGAAAGUGGUUCCUCUGCAAUACAUCUCCAUACCAAGAAAAGAGUUGGAGGCUGCCGUGUUAGGAGCUAGAUUGAUGAAAACUAUUUGUGAGAAUCAUUCAUUUACAGUGAAGAAACGGUUCCUAUGGAGUGACUCGAACGCUGUGGUAUCAUGGGUGAAAUCUGACUCGAGACGAUAUAAACCUUUUGUGGCUCAUCGAAUUGGAGAGAUAUUGAGUGUUACCAAUCCGAAUGAUUGGCGCUGGGUUCCCACCAGAAGCAAUGCAGCAGAUGAUGUAACCAAGUGGGGCAAGACAACGCAGAUCAGCUCAAACAGUCGAUGGUUCCGUGGACCAGAUUUCCUGUAUCAAGUAGAGGAGUGUUGGCCGGAACAAAACCAGCAAUCGGUUGAGAUAGAGGAAGAGCUGCGAUCAAGUGUGUUGCUGCAUCAAAUAAUUUUGCCAGAUGCAGUGAUGGCCAGAGUGGAGCACAUAUCGAAGUGGAGGGUGUUGGUUAGAACAGUAGCAACUAUGUUCCGCUUCGCGUCCAACUGUCGACGGAAAAUCAGGAACCAGCAGACCGAAGCGUUACUAUCAUCAAAAGAAACCAGUACUGAAGUCCCGACGGUGAUAGUUCCAUUACGACAAGAAGAGUAUUUGGCGGCGGAAAAUUGCUUGUGGCGAGUAGCACAAGGUGAAGAAUUUGCAGACGAAGUGAAAACGCUUAUAAGAAACGAGGAGUUGCCACAAGAUCAAAGGAAAUCGAUAGAGAAGAGCAGUCUUCUGUAUCGACUAUCACCGUUUCUGGACGAGUUCGGGGUGGUGCGCAUGGAAGGUAGGACCGUAGCUGCUGAGUAUGCAACGUUCGAUGUGAGAUUUCCGAUAAUACUACCGAAGAAUCAUCUUAUCACGAGAAAGUUGUUAGAAGCAUAUCAUCGCGAAUGUGGUCAUGGGAGUCGGGAAACAGUGGUGAAUGAGGUUCGCCAACGAUUCUAUAUUCCCGGAUUGCGAUGUUUAAUAGACAAAGUUAUGAGAGGCUGCUUGUGGUGCAAAGUACGAAAAACAAAACCGCUUGUUCCUCGGAUGGCACCGCUUCCUAGGUCACGGAUGGCAGUAACGAUGCAUCCGUUCUCAUUCGUUGGAUUGGACUAUUUCGGCCCACUGGAGGUGGUGAUGGGUCGAAGACGAGAGAAGCGAUGGGUGGCGUUAUUUACGUGUCUGACAGUUCGCGCUGUGCACCUGGAAGUAGUACACAACCUGACGACUCAGUCGUGUGAGAUGGCAAUUCGUCGAUUCGUUAAGAGAUAUGGAAGUCCAACUGAAUUUUUUUCGGAUAACGGGACGAAUUUCGUAGGAGCUAGCAGAGAUCUUAUGAAACAGAUACAAAAGAUAAACACAGAGUGUGCCGAUACAUUCACAGGUUCUCGAACCAGGUGGACAUUCAAUCCGCCUUCCGCGCCACACAUGGGAGGUGUGUGGGAGCGAAUGGUUCGUUCGGUGAAAGAAUCCAUGACAGCAUUCACGGACAGAAAACGAUUGACGGACGAGGUUCUUCAAACUGCGUUAGUAGAAGCUGAGAGCCUUAUCAAUUCGCGUCCUCUGACAUAUGUGUCUACAAAUGUGCAGGAUGAUAUGGAAGCUCUCACCCCGAAUCAUUUCCUGCGAAGUUGUGCUCUAGGGGAAUGUAUGCCAUCGAGAAACCCGGUAGAAUUAGCUGAGACAUUACGUAAUAGCUAUCGUCAAGCUCAGUACGAGGCAGAUGAAAUAUGGAGUCGUUGGCAACGUGAAUAUCUACCUACAAUGAAUCGGAGAACAAAGUGGUUUACAGAUCAGAAGCCGGUCGCAGUAGGAGAUUUGGUAUAUGUUGCUGAUACUGAAAAACGAAAUACUUGGGAACGUGGUAUUGUAGAAGAGGUUUUCAUCGGAAGAGACAGCAGAGUACGAUCGGCAAUCGUGCGAACCAGUUCUGGAGUAAAAAAGCGACCAAUCGCGAAACUAGCUGUGAUGGAGCUUGGAAAUUAAAUAGUAAGCCUGUAAUUGUCUUGACCAACACCAGGGCUUACGGGGUGGAGGAUGUUACGGCCCUGAUCAAUGAGUGAACACAGGCCGCUAAAUGCGCAAUGAGUUAGUAAUCGAAGUAGACAAUGGCAACUGAAAAUCAUUUUGAAAACUUGAAAAACGUCUUGAAUUUGUUGUUAUAAAAAAUAUAUUGCAUUGUGAGAACUAUUAGUUUAAAAAGAAUUUGCAUAGUUUAAAGGUAGGCUGUUGUCAUAGAAGAAAAGGGAGAAACAGAACAUUUAUUUUACUUUUAGUUCGUAACCGUUACUCUGUACUGAGAAGACAGGAAGAUUGGGGGAAAAAUAUAAGGAAAAGGAAAAACCAAAUUUCUUUGAGUGUGACAUAAAUAUCAUACUACAUCGAGUGGUUUUUUAUUCAAUAUGCUGCCCCGAACACCCCCAAC